AUCGAGUGAUAAAUAAAUUCCAAACAUCAGUUUCAAUCAAUUCUCAGAUAUCUUUUGCAAAUGGUAGCCUAAAAAGAUAUCGUAACAAAGAUAACAAACAGUAAUUCAUUAGUCAUGGGUUUGAAACAUUGUAAAGAAUUUUCCUCUACAGAUGACUAUGAGAGAGAACGAUAUAAAUCUACGGAGAAAGUUACUUAACAAAUCCCAAGUUUGUAAUGUCAACAUAUGGGGAGAAUAAGAGAAAAAUUCAUAUCUGUAAUCAAUGUAAUAAAGAACAAGAUGUUAGUAAAACACAUAAUAGAGGAUCAUGCUGUUGUUCUUGUGUACCACAAAAAUAUGAUUAUAUAGAAGAUGUAGUAUGCAAUGAAAAUGAUAUUAGUGAAAAUGAAAUGAAAGUGGUAACUCUUGGAAAGAAUGAUGCUAAAGUUUUACUAGUAAAACAAAAGGGGGAAAUACAUGCACUUGGAACAAAAUGUACCCAUUAUGGAGCUCCAUUGCAUACAGGUGCAUUAGGUGAUGGAAUAGUAAGAUGUCCAUGGCAUGGAGCUUGCUUCAAUAUCAAAACAGGUGAUAUAGAAGAUUAUCCAGGAUUAGAUUCUUUACCUUGUUAUAAGGUAACUAUAGAUGAAGCAGGACUUGUACGUGUCCAAGCAAAAGUUAAAGAUUUAGAAAUUAAUAAACGUGUUAAAGAUAUGUGUGAAUAUGAUGUUAAAAAUUCAAAAACUGUUCUAAUUAUUGGUGGUGGUCCUGCAGCUGCAACAUGUGCUGAAAGUUUACGUCAAGAAGGCUUUACAGGAAAAAUUAUUUUAAUCAGCAAAGAAAAAGUACUACCUUAUGACAGAGUGAAAGUAUCUAAAGUAAUGAAUUUUGAUGUGAAUAAAUUUUCUUUAAGACAACCAAGUUUUUACAAUGACCACAAAAUUGAAACAAAACUAGGUCAAGAAGCUAUAGGUCUGGAUACAGAUGAAAAUAUUAUUACGCUUAACAAUUCUGAAACAUUAAAAUAUGAUUACUUAUUUCUUUGCACUGGCUGCAAAGCAAGAGUACCUGAUUUAUCUGGAGUUAAUUUAGAAAAUAUUUUCAUAUUACGCAAUUAUACUGAUUCACAUGCUGUACAAAAAGUAUUACAUCCUAAUAAACAUAUGGUUAUAUAUGGCUUAGGUUUUAUUGGUAUGGAAGCAGCUUCUUAUUGCAUAGAUAAGUGUGCAUCUGUAACCAUCAUAGGGCGAGACAGUGUACCUUUAGAUGCAAUUUUUGGUAGAGAGAUUGGUAAUAGAAUUCGAGAGGAAUUUGAAACAAAAGGCAUUAAAUUUAUAUUUAAUAAUAGUAUAUCAAAGUUUCUUGCUAAAGAAGACAAUGAUAACAUAUUAGGCAAAAUUGAGCUAUCUAAUGGUAAUAUUCUUGAAGCAGAUAUAUGUAUUAUUGGAAUAGGUACAACAUUUUAUACAGAUUGGUUAAAAGAAUCAAAAAUUAAAAUGUUGGACAAUGGUGGAAUUAUUGUAGAUAAGUAUUUGAAAACAAAUAUUGAAAAUGUAUAUGCUGGUGGGGACAUAGCUUAUGCUCCAGUAUUAGGCUCUGAUCAUAUUUCUGCUACUAUUGGACAUUAUGGUUUAGCUCAUUAUCAUGGUAAAAUAGCAGCUUUAAAUAUUUGCAACAAAGAAACAGCUUUAUACAGCGUCCCAUUCUUCUGGACUAAUUUAUUGGGAAAGAGUUAUAGAUAUGCAGGAUACGGCAAAUCAGAUAAAGUAAUCAUUUAUGGUUCUUUAGAAAACUUGCAAUAUUUUGCUUAUUAUGUAAAAGAUGGUAAAAUAAUAGCAAUGAGUAGUGUUGGAGCAGAUCCAGUUGUAGCAGAUUUUGCAAAUUUGUUGGCAAAGAAACAAAUCUUAAUGGAGGAUGAUAUUAAAAAUAAUCCUUUUGAGUGGAUGAGUGAUAAAACUAAAGAUGUAGUAAAUAAAUUCCAACUACUACAUACUUAAUAGAAAUAAUUGUCUCCUUCAUAUGUCCUUUUUCUUAUAUCUUUUUUUCUCAAAAUUAAUAUAUUGUAUUUAAAAAAGUGUAAAGAAAUAUUUAAAAAUAUAUGUAUAUAAACG